AUGAAUUACGUGGGGCAGCUUGCAGGACAAGUUCUGGUUACUGUGAAGGAACUAUACAAAGGCAUUAACCAGGCUACGUUGUCAGGAUGCAUUGAUGUAGUCGUAGUUCGACAACAGGAUGGUACAUACCUGUGCUCACCAUUCCAUGUCCGAUUUGGAAAGCUUGGCGUCUUACGUUCCAAGGAAAAAGUGAUUGAUAUUGAAAUCAAUGGAGAUGCAGUUGAUCUUCAUAUGAAACUGGGUGACAAUGGGGAAGCUUUCUUUGUACAAGAAACAGAAGAAAAGUUUGAAAAAGUUCCAGCACAUCUAGCAACAUCCCCAAUACCCACAGAAGAUCAGUUCUUCAAAGAUAGUGAUGACCAUUUGCUGAAGUCAAGUGAAAAUGUAAGGAAAAUGCAAAACUCAGACAUUCCACAGAUUGUAGAAACAGAGCCUGUGUUUUCCUCUGGGUCCGUGAAGAAGAAAAAGCGGCGAAGAAGAAAAUGUAAACAAGAUUCCAGAAAAGAAGAUCUGAUCUCCUCUCCUGGAACUGAAGAAGUAUUUGAAAUGGAAAUCAGUUCUGAUGAUGAGAGAAGUAUUCAGCCUCUGAGAAAUUCCUCAGAUUCACCACCAAAGGAUGAAGAAUAUAAAGAAUCAUUAAUUUACCAUUCAAAAGACCAUUACCCCUUAUCUGAUGGAGACUGGUCUCCUUUGGAAAACCCUUUUAACCAGGCAGCUUGUCCUAAAAGUGAUUCAGAACUGGAAGUUAAACCUGCAGAGAGCUUACUGAGAGCGGAGUCGCACAUGGAAUGGACAUGGGGAGGCUUCCCUGAAUCAACCAAGGUAAGCAAGAAAGAAAAACUAGAGCAUCCUAGAACUGUCACACUCACCCCAACAGAGAAGACUCACUUCAGAGUCAUUUCCAGCACUGACACGGUGGAAGAUGACAUUUUGGUGAACAAUUCCGUUUGCAUGGUACUGAAACCCGAACCAAGAACUCAUCCUCUCCUUAAGGAGCUAGAUAUAAGAGACAGACUUGCUUCUACAUCGGCAGAAUGUGCUCUGGAAAUUCUUACAGACCCAUCUGCAUUGGAUACUGAUAUUCUUCCCAGUCCAUUAGUGGAUUCUCCAUCAGAAACUAAACAACUGGCAAAACUUGACUCUCCAUCAAAGAAGAAAGGGACACAUAAGAGAAGCCAGCACCAAGGGCCCGAUGACAUAUACUUGGAUGACUUGAAGGCUUUGGAACCUGAAGUUGCAGCUCUCUAUUUUCCCAAGAGUGAUUCUGAUCCAGGUUCCAGACAGUGGGUGGAAUCCGAUACUCUCUCUGGGUCACAGUCGCCACAAUCUGUGGGAAGUGCGGCAGCUGACAGUGGCACAGAGUGUAUGUCUGAUUCUGCUAUGGACUUGCCUGAUGUCACUCUCUCUCUUUGUGGAGGUCUUACUGAAAAUGGAGAGAUAUCUAAAGAAAAAUUCAUGGAGCAUAUUAUUACUUACCAUGAAUUUGCUGAAAGCCCAGGACUUAUAGACAAUCCUAAUCUGGUAAUAAGGAUAUACAAUAGGUACUAUAACUGGGCAUUGGCUGCUCCCAUGAUUCUUAGCCUGCAGGUGUUCCAGAAGAGUUUGCCACAGGCUACAGUUGAAUCUUGGAUUAAAGAUAAAAUGCCAAAAAAGUCUGGAAGAUGGUGGUUCUGGCGUAAGAAAGACAGCUUAGUUAAACAGCUUCCUGAGGCAAAGGAAGGGAAAUCAGAAACUUCAAAAAGUGAAGCUGCUAUGAAGGAAGAAGUUGACAGCCGGCCUAUAGAUGAUUCUUCUAGUGAUGAAGGAUCACAGGAACUGAAAGAAUCCUUGAAAAUAGAUUCUGUUUCGGUUGAACAUCCAAGCCAUGGGAAUUCUACCUCAUAUAAAAAGUCACUACGAUUGUCUUCAGAUCAAAUUGCAAAGCUGAAGCUUAGAGAUGGCCCAAAUGAUGUUGUGUUCAGCAUUACAACCCAGUAUCAGGGGACUUGCCGUUGUGCAGGAACGAUAUACCUAUGGAAUUGGAAUGACAAAAUCAUAAUUUCUGAUAUCGAUGGGACAAUAACAAAGUCUGAUGCUUUAGGACAGAUUCUACCGCAACUCGGUAAAGACUGGACACAUCAGGGCAUUGCAAAACUGUACCAUUCUAUUAACGAGAAUGGCUACAAAUUUCUGUAUUGUUCUGCUCGUGCCAUUGGAAUGGCAGAUAUGACGAGAGGGUACUUGCACUGGGUCAAUGACAAAGGAACAAUCCUACCCAGAGGGCCCUUGAUGUUGUCUCCUAGCAGUUUGUUUUCUGCUUUUCAUAGGGAAGUGAUCGAAAAGAAGCCAGAGAAGUUCAAAAUUGAGUGUUUAAAUGAUAUCAAGAACUUGUUUGGUCCAUGUGAACAACCUUUCUAUGCUGCUUUUGGAAACAGGCCUAAUGAUGUAUAUGCCUACAUGCAAGUGGGAGUUCCUGACUGUCGAAUAUUCACAGUCAACCCAAAGGGUGAACUAAUCCAGGAACAAACGAAAGGAAACAAAUCUUCGUAUUACAGACUCAGUGAACUCGUAGAACAUGUAUUUCCACUUCUUAAUAAGGAACAGAGUUCUGCCUUUGUGUGCCCAGAAUUCAGCUCCUUCUGCUUUUGGAGAGAACCACUUCCAGAGGUGAACGUAGAAGAUUUAGUUUGAACAGCAGUGCUCACACACCACCUCUUUCUGGAGAGAGGCCACCUUAUCCUUUGGUACCACAUGUCUUAUUAAAUACAGAAAAUGUCAUAGGUUUGGUACAAGCCAGUGUAAUGGAAGGCUAAUCUCUUUGUUCUUCAGGUAUCCUUAUUCAAUAAGGCACUGGAAUGCUAACUAUUCUUUUAAAUACCAGACCAUUGAGAGAUUAGAAAACAGUAAAAGGGUGGGAAUUUAGGAGCAGCUUUACAAUUUCAUAUAUACAAACCAUACUGGAUGCAUGUGGUGAAUUGUGUACUAGUCUCCUUAUUAUAUCAUCUUAAGCAACAAAAUAAAGUAUGUAGAACUGAUAUAGACACUAUUAGGCCCAAAAUAGGAAUCAUAUCCAGUACUCAAUUACUUAGGCUGUUUCAGAUGUUGUAUCUGAGAUUCUUGUGGUUAAAUUCCUUAAUGUCUUAAGAAUUUACUAAGUAAUUAAUGCUUGAUAGUCAUUUUGCUGCAUCAGAGAGUAGUGAUGGUUGAAGUGGAGAUGGUACUGUAUUAGCACAUUCUCAUAAUUACUUUGCCUUGUAACAUUUUAUUAAACCACACAGUGAUUGGGCUAUCAAAUAUGCCUUUUGUUACUUGUGACAUAUGUCAUAUAUAUAUAUAUAGCUUCUCUAGCUGCUAUAUAAAAUUGGAAAUCCACAGCAAGGUAAGAAAACCUUUGCUGAAACAGUUAGCACCUCUUUAGUCUGUGCACACUACAUAGGUCAGUAAGCAAAAUAUUCAGAAAACAUUCAGGGAUAAAACUCUUGUUUUGUAACAAAAAGGUAAUGUAUAAGAUUAGUCUUUAAAACUGGGACUACUCUUAAGCCUUUCCAGAACUCCGUGUAUCGGGGUUCUUCAGUCUGACAAAAGUGGCAUGGGACCCAAGUGGGAAAUUAUAAGUUUCAACUAUAAAUGUCAGUUCUGAUCAGAUGCUUUAUAUAUUAGUAGCAUAGUAUGUGCAAAAGCAACUGAAGUCCUGAUUUAAGUAGCCAGUUGUUUUACAUUCUCUCACUUUUGCAAACAGAUGUUAGUUGAUAGUUGCCUGUAAACAGCACAACAGAUUUGGCAAGUUUAACCUCUCCCCUUGCCAGGUUGUUGUAGUACAUCACAAGCAAAAUCAAACUAAUCAGAAAAUUUAAGUUUUUAAAAAGAUCACUAACUUGAAGUUAGCUAGGGUCUAGGAGGGGCAGAAGUGACAUGCUGGCACCACUUGGCUAUGACUGGUGCUUUUCCGGGUCACCCAGAAGAUCCAUACAAAUAUAUGAAAACUGCCUUUUUUGUCAUGUAUGAACAACUAGGUUUAACUUGCAGCUCCAGUAAUUCCUGAGGCUGGUGUUCUGUUGAGUCAGCUCCCAUAACAGUGCUGAAGCGCUAGGUGCAGCUCUUGUUUUUCUUAGUAGAAACAUUGCCAGGCUCCUUGGGCUCUCUCAUAAAGCCAGGAGAGAACUGUGGCUUAUUCUUCAGUGAACUUGUUCAGAAAACGUACCCAAGAAGAAUUAACUGGGAUCACUAGGUGUGAGCACAGCAUCCUCUAGGCCUUGAAAUUCCUAACUUUACAAUGGUCAGGCUGUGUGAUUCAUUAUGGCAACUAUGAUUCUCCCCCCUCCCAAAGGUAGAAUUAAUUUGACAAAGUACAUUUUUUCAGUCCAAAGAAAGUACAAAUUGCACAGUGCCAUUAAAACAAAGUCUACUGUACUAGAUGCAAUCCAUUUCAGUAGCUGGAACUUGUUCACUUUCCUGUUGUCUUAGUUUACAUAAAACUCUGAAAAUGUGAAAAAGUGAUUUCAGUGGAGAGAUCCAUGAGGUGUUUUUGACCAUAAUAAUUUCCACAAAGCUUCUGGAAGAAAAAUUCUCUUUUAUACUUAUAGCCUGGGAAAAUUUUGUUUGUAUGUUUAAUGCUGAAGAGUGCUCUUGAGUCAUCUUGAUCCAAACAUUAAUUUGAAAUAGAUAUGCACUUCUUAAAAAUAAUAUGCUAUUAUUUAUAAUGUCAAAGGUUAGAUUUGGAUAGCAUUAUGUGGAACUUUAAAUACUAAGUUUGGAUUUUACCUCAGUGACUCUAGAGCUGUCUACUGGUAGAGUGUGCCCCAGUAUUCACAAAAUCUUUGUUUAGAACUCCUCCUUAGUAUGUUUCUUUGUUGUAGUGGAAAUAGACUAUUCAAAAUUGGUAUUGGGAAACAACACUCCUACUGUGUCUAUUUCAGAUCUGCACAAGUUAGCUAAUUCUUUCCAUGAAAGAGCUGAACAUUUAUGUUAGUGGGGGGAAAACAGCCAUUUUAAGGCUGUUUCAAAAAUGCAUUUCCUUUUACUUUGGAAAUGUAUUGGGCAGCUUGUGCUGCAAAAAUUACUACUUGAAAUUGUUAUUCAAAGUUAAUGUGACAGUUUUCAAGUAAGGGGCUGGGAAAUCAUAGCCUAAAUCCUUGCAGCAUUGUAUAGGAAUGAACAAGGUAAACGCUGCCCAUUAUGCAAGAAAACAAUCAGUUAUUUGUAUUACAGUAUAAAGGUCUGGAUUUCUUAUUUCUUUGACGUGUUCAAAACUAGUAUUGGGGAGGAACCAAUAAAUUUUUAAGUACAACAGUGUUUUUCUUAAUACUUAAGAGCAGACAUGAUGCUUUAAAAUAUUACUCUGUAAAAUAAAUAAAAAUACUGUUUCAAGAAUUGUGCCCUCUACUUCAACAUGAUUCUUCAACUGGGGAACUCUAAAUUGAUUCCAUUUUUGCAAGUAUGAACAUGGAAUGUAAGCUGGAGAUUGAAGUUAAAAAAACCCCACAGCUAAUAUAGAGUUCCUGAAGGCAAUUAAUGCAAAAUAACUAAGAGGAGAAAUGUACUAGAAUGAAUAACUUAGGGGCUUGCCUUUUGGCCAAGCAAAUUGCUUUUGUUAAUCAGCAAAACUUAGACCGUUUUUUAAUGCUGACAGAAAAAUCUGCAUUUUGGUUGGUUUUGAAUGCAAAGGAAGGACAGAACUCUUCAGUAUAUUCUGUUUAAUUACUGAUAAUUGUGUUAUGAAUAUUUUUGCUUUGAUCUACUUUUGCUCAAUUAUUAAGUGAACAUUCCAGUACAGUGUUUUUUGUAAAAACUGAUCUGUUAGGAAAAUAAGUC